UGACUUAGGUCAACUCAAGUCGAUCCAGACCGCACGACAAUCCGAUUAGGGGCCCUGUAAGCGCUGUGAAUUCGUAUUGUGAAAGUCUGAGACGACAGAUGUUGCGCUAGAAUACGAUGCAGUGCCCUCGCCUUGGGUGUUUGCGGAUGUGUUUGUCUGUCUGUACCUGUCACCGUUGCGUAGUGAAAUGUGCCGUGGUCUGACCUUGCGACGGUAGCAGCAACAACGACGAUCGCAGCUGUCCGGGGCCACUGCGACGGCAUGUCCCAAGAGCUACCGUUUCAAGAGUGGACCAACAGUGGUGCGCCGACCACGGACUCGACGUUCCGACGCGAUGGCCCCGCUCCCAACAAGAGCGAAGCGGCCAAGCUACUCGAGUUGUCGUCGGAAAGUGAAUCCGAACCGGAACCGCUUCAGCUUGUGCCGCCCAAGCGCAAAGUGCGCUUCCGAAAGCGGCUUCGUGGCGCCCGCGGCCUAGUGCUUACUGGUGGCCCGCACUCUGGCAGUGCGUGCUGUGGGGGCAGCAGUGAAGGAUGCUUAUCGCUGGCCAAAGUUUUAGGCUUUCUGCUCGGGGUGGCCAUCUUGGUGGCCCAGGCCUGGUUCCUGCUGAGCGUGCGCUCCCGCCUCGACCAUCUGUACACAAUCUACCGACAAAAUAUGGACGUGGAUGGCAAGAAACUGCCGGCGCAGCUGCACGACCUCCACGGCCAGAUCAAGGGCCUCGAGCAAAACCUGAGCAGCACAGCCACCGAGCUGCAUCGAACUGCGGCCGACCUUGUGGCGCUAGCCAAGCAGGUGGCUGAGCUCAAGGCAACAACUGGCAGCUUGCAAGAGAGCGUAGCAUCGGCACCCCAGAUCAAGGGACUCCCCAGUGCCGUAACCGACCUCAAGCAGAAUGUAGCCAACCUGGGCAGCCAGGUGUCCAGCCUGGAGAAUGGCCUUCAGGCCCUCAAAGAGCAGCACAACAGCCUACAGGUGCUGCGCAAGGACAUCGACCAGGUCAAGGAGCAAGUCCAGCGGAUCAGCAAUGCCUCCGCUGUUGCCGUGGACGACCAGAGUUCGACACACACCAGUUUGCAUGACUUGGAACAGAGUGUGCAACAGUGCCUGGGAGAGGUGCGAGCCGUCGUCGACCAGAGGCUAGUCGGCCUCGAGUCUGGUCUCAAGGAGGUGCACACCACUACUGAGAACCACACUGACAUCCUGCUGAGGCAGCAGACUCAGCUGGAAGGUGUACUCAACUGCACCCACAGCUGCCCGGCCGACCUGUCACCUGAGAACCUCAGCCUAGCCUUGGACCGGCUGUUGUCUCCGAAUGCUACGGUCAAUGGCUCCACUGUGGAUGUUUUGAGGGAGGCCAGUCACCUGGGCACUGUCUACCAUGGACUACAGGUGCAGCUUGGUGUCAAUCACUCGGCAAGCGACGAAGUUGCUGAGCUCCUACAACAGGCUACCCUCUACGCACACUCCCCGCAAUCACAUCACAGCACCCAGCCGACCGCCGCACCUGUUCAGCCAGUUGUAACCAAGCAGCUCAACUCAUCAGCAGAGGCCAACACUGGCCAGAAAGUGGUUCCAGCAGUGCCAACCAAUGUGCCAACCAAGCAGCCGUGACAAAGGCACCUGAUGGCGGCUGGCGUGAGUGAGCCGACGUGAGCCCGAUGUCCCCGAAGUCCGUCCUCCGUGGCGCACCACGUGGCGUCGGCAGACCCUGGAGCUAGGGCGUCGGCAGCACUCCUUCCCGGAUCACGGCUGCCUGACAGCAGUCUAGAGCAAGCCAUGCUGAGGGAGCCAAGGCCGUAUACGGAAAGCAAGCUGUGAUGUUUGCUUGCGUUAGCGCACAGAGUAAGCAACACCUGGGAGGAGAAAAUUUGUUUCCCGGCAUGCUGGCACGAACGGAUAUUGUCAUGAAACCCUCGGACGAUGGUUAGAAGCCAUCUGGAGCCAUUCCCUACAACGUCUCUCCUCUUAGCCCCAGUAUUUGCUUUGCGACCUCGAACCCCACAAGUCAGUCGAACAAUCAGUCAGCCAAUCUGUCGACCAGCUCUGAAACUCUAGUAUGCUGGUGCCACCUGGUGGUGACACAUUCAAAUGUCCCGGGCAGUUGUUGUGGUUGCCAUAGCAACCUAGCAUAUUGGUGCAACUUUGCAUUCUGCACCCCGAGAUGGUACUUGUAAACAUUGCACCCCUUUAGGCUUUUCUGUCCCAUUGUGUUUCUUUUUUUUUUUUUCAUUAGGUUUUUCUGCCCACACUAACGCUGCCAGGGAAUUUAUCCUCCUAGGUGUUGCUUGUUCUGGUGUCGCCCAAUUCCCUGCAGCUGUUUCUAAAGGUCUAUUCCCACACACAGCUGCAGAUGCAGAUGUGACUGGAAUGUGCAUGCAAAAUCUGGCCGUUCCACUCGCACAAGCCAGAACCAUUGCCUCACUCGGUUGGCAACUGAAAGCAACCACGCUGUUGGCAACCACGCAGCCAAAAGUUGGGGAUGCAGUUGGAUCCGCUUUUUGAUUGCGCGAAACGUCUGACGUGAAUUGGUUGUAUUAUUCCAGCCGUCUAGUGCAGAAAAGCACUAAACGUGCACUAGCAACCAUUUCUCUCAUUUGCAGCUGCAGCAAUUUGGUGGGAAUAGACCCCAAACAUGGCCACUUGAGGAGCUUUCGCACUAAGCUUCAUCCUCCCGUGACAUCUCGGUGCUGCCGCUGCCCUCUAGUGACUGAGGUGGGAUGCGUCACUUCUAGACUCUAGAAAUAUGGCUGUACUAGGCACGGCAGUGUCCCUUGGCCUGUAAGAAUCCUGUCAAUGUAACAAAUCACCAGACGUAGAUGCUGAGAGGAAGAAGCGUUUGGCAGCUCACAUUUUGAUGAGCUAUUUUUCUUUUCUUUUUGUCUUCAAACGGCUAGUGACUAGCUUUUCAUACGGCAGUCCCAGAGGACUUUGAGUGAGGAGGAUUGCAUCGUGUAGCACAGAAAGGCUUGCCUGCGUCGACAGCUCAAGCGAAACUCCCAAAAGUGGUAUAUCGUGACACUCGCUGGAAACUUCGACUGGGAAAUGACUCCGCCAGCCUAUGUGUCGGUAGAAUGCUGCACGCAUUUUUAUUCCGGCAGUGUACCCGGAUUCCUGUUCCUUAAGCUUUCGUUAGUGUCGCCCACAUACAAGACUCGGCGUCACGUGGCGAUUGGGCCCGAAUUUCGCAUCUCGCGAAUUUUGACUUCCAACCACGACAGCAAUCAACCUCUAGCUAGCAGCAUUGUUGUGGGUGUCAUUGUCGCACCAUGUUCACUCGUCGCCGUCGCCAAAGGGUAGCUGCUCUUUCGUUUUCUCAGGCUUUUGCCCCGGUUUCGAUUCGCUUGCCAGUCUCAUGAAUCGCAAUUUUGAGGCAUGUCUUCGGGCAGGGCCGCGUGUCCUGCUCACCAGAAGCGUUUCACCACCGCCAGCUCCCAGGUUCCAGAAAGUGUGAAAAUGCAUAGCUUGAGGUGAAAUCAGUUGCUUCACCUUUUUCAGGCCAUUACCUCUGUAGGUGGUCCCCUCGCCAUAACCGCCAGGGCAUGUGUUUGUCUGUGUGCUUGUCUACAGUUGACUGUUGCCAUGGCAUCUUGUCGCUCCACUGCUAACGAAAGUCCAGAUUCUGCAAGGUCAUUGCUGACAGCGCAAGAUGAAGCUUUGAAAUGCUCAUAAGUAGUCAGACGACCACGUAAGUCAGUGUACAACUAGGCCAUCAGCAGUCAACCCUAUUCUUAGGGCACGGCAACGAGUCUCAUACAUUUUUGUCGGGGCACAGAAGCUCUCGAUCUAUGUAAAAAAAAAAAAAUCCGUGCCACUGAAUGUCAGAGAGACUGGCUCAAGUUUCACACAUCACACUGACAUUGAGUGCGGGUCAUUUGGGAUGUGUGGUGAAAUGUACCUGCGAGUUUUCCUUGCGGCGCCGUUUAAGUUAUGGCGAUUUGUUUUUGUCCACAUGUGUGUUGACUUGAACACUGUGACCGCGUAAUCCUUUCCUUCGGAUUGUCAGAGCAGGCAUGCCCGUUUCUGCUGCUUAUAGUAUCGCAUACCCAUUUGCAGACAAAGUCGGACUAGUAAAAGACAUGCUGGCAUGUUCACAACCCGAAAGCUCAAGAUAGUAGUAGGCACAGUUUGGGUGCAGACUGGCUCCUUGAAAUAAUGGUAUCUUUCAAACAGUGCAUAUUAAAAAUGGGGCCAUCUUGGGACACCGUUGUAAUGGUUUGGUAUUCUUGGUCGUCAGUAGCUCUUCUUUCCUGGCCCAUUGUGAACAGGAAACACGUGAAGGCUUGGACCAUCGGUUUGGCCCUUCUUCAUUUAAUUGCCAAUCGCAGUUCUUCACAUCUCUACCGCAUGCAUAAAUUAAUGCAUGCCCCAUGAAUGGUCUAAAGAUGCCUGGUAGUGCUUUUUUUUUUUUGUUUCCGUGUAUAAAUUCCUGAGGGAAAUAAUGCUCGAGGUCUAUCCUCUGACUGUUCUUCGUUAUAAUGCUGUAAGAAAACAAAGAACACAUCUUGUUAGCCCAAAAGAACCUAGCGCUUGCUUGGAAGAAAGGGCCCCGUCACUUGUUAUCGAGGCAGUCACUCAAUGUUUGACUUUUAAAGGUGCCAUAGCGCAAGCUUCCCGAGAGUCCGUCACUGGGCGACACACUUUUGCGUCCACGAAAGCUCACAUUGCAACUGCGCCAUGUUGCCGUGCGGCCCGGCUCUGUCCACACACAGUUGCGUAUCUAACCCAGAUUGUCCGCGGGAAGGUUGUCUUGCGAGUGAAGCAUGCCAUACUUUUCAAGCUAUGGCAGCCACGAAGGUGCUGUUUCUUUGGCUGAAUGAGUGUCGUUUGCGUGCGCGUCAAUGUAUGAAAAGAGGACAUCAGAAAAAAACAAACUGUAAAACAGAGCUGCCCUCUUGAGCGUGAGGUCAUCAGCUGCACGCUCAAAAAUUCCGGGUGGUGAAAAUUAAUCCAGACUGCCCCCCCCCCCCCCCCCCCCACUAUAUAACACCUUUCAUAGCCAGUGUGUUGGUUGAGGACUUUACGUCCCAUAAUUCAAUAUUUAAUUUGGAGCCGGUUGAAUCUUGUAGUAAAGCUUUAGAUACUGGCCUACAUUACCUUUGCAGCCUAAAAAGCUGAAACACAGUUCCGUGCUAACGAAACUUGGAAGAACUUGUUUUGUGGCCAUGGAGAGUAUAUCCAUGCAAUAUAAGGAAUGGAAUGUUUUCCAAGUAAAAGGACAGUAUAGUGAUGAGCUUUCUGAACUAUCCGCAAUUGAAAUCUCACUCCAGGGUAUCAAAAAUGCUGCCACAGGGUUUGUUGCACUAAAAUCUGAUACAUCUGAGGUACCAAACUCGGCGUAUCAGAAACUUAUGUUGCGCUUUACGGGGUUAGAGAUCCACUUGAAGAUGUCACAGGAGAAUUAACAAAAUAGGCCCGUCUGUUUCGCGAUAGGUGACAGUCUAAAUUACGCAGGUGCCCUUGCUUAAAUGGAAGUGUUGGCUACGCUGCAUAGCUCCUUAUUGUAGUUGCUAUCCAAAGGAUGAAGCCAAGUCACAGAAGACUGCAAAUCGACGUAUCUCCUCACACAACCUCAUUUCUCUGGUAAAACUGGGGAGCGGUGCAUUGUUCAAGUCAUGAAGCAGUUAUAUGUAUAGAUAUAAUCGAUAGUGAGUCACAGCACUGCUCGAAGAGCGGUUAUAGAAAUAAUCCAGUGUUUUUCUUUUUUCACGUUAAAUGUGGCGAAAGCGCCAACUCACACUGCGCUUGUUUUCCAAGAAAGCAUUCCGAAAUAAAUUGCCCUUGAUUCCGUUCUGCAUUUCAGCAUUGUCAGCGCAGUAGAAAUAUGCUAUUGAAUGCUGCUGUAUUUCUAAAUGUGACUAAACUUGGCAAGCAUUUCUUAGGGUCAGUCAAAAAAAAAACUUUUCUUUUUUUUUUCAUUUUAGAGGCCUGUGGAGAUGAAUGCGUGGAUCAUAGGCAAUUUGUGUCUGUUUACAUUCAAGAGAGAGUGCGAGAUUAAUUUCCAGGGAUUACCGCUAGCUUACAGUGAAUGCGUUUGCGCUUAUGCUUAUGUGCUUAUGUGUUCCAAUGUGUAGAAUAGUAAGUCGAUUUCGUCAGUCACCUUAAUUUUUCACUUUUCGCAUAGCAUUACUUCUGCUGGAUGCAUGCGACAACUUCCACCGUGAUCGAGCGCACAAUGUUAUGUUUUUCCUUUGUCAAAUGUGCAUUUUCAAUAUCCAGGUGCAAUUCAUCUGUUCACUUAUGACACCAGGUAGUGGAAUGUACUGUUAGAUUCUUUUUAUCUGCUGUGGAUUUUUCAUGCUGUGGAUUUUCCCUACAUACAUUGUGUAAAGUAAUGCCCUGUUAUAUGUUACAGCAUUUGCCAGUUUAGAAUUGAGCUUCUCUCGUUCGUUAGGCCUAACUUUUGAAAUAAAAUUAUGUGAGCCAGUCGUGUCCAUAGCUACCAGGCAACUCCAGAGGUUCAGUGUGUGUGUGAUGCCUUGUUUGGAUGUAACAGGCAUCAGGCGUCACCCACUUCAGCUGAACUAAACUGAUGCGCCGAAUUAAGGUCACACUUUUCUCAUUUGUUUAGAUCUCGCACGAGAGUGUGGAGCCAUCUAAGCGUUUGUGAUGUGCAUGCGUAGGUUGUAAUGUUUUAUUGCACUGUUACUGUAUUAUCAUUUGUCAUCAUUCCUGCUUUUACUGCAACAAGCCUCUUUGAAUUGCCCAGACAGUAAAAGGCAAACUACUGUCUACCUCGAAAUAACAAAAUUACAUCCGGCACAAAAAUAGCAUGGUUAUGUCCAGUAUUCGCUAUUUACACCCUGAUAUUGCCAAGAAAGCAUUUUGUUUACUGUAUUAAAUUUUAUUUGUUAUAUCCGAUAGUUCUUUAUAUACACUAUUUCAUUAUAUCCAGGUUUGUUAUAUCGAGUUUCAGCUCUGCUGGUGUCGCAACAUUUUUCAUCAUUGCAUUUACUAAGACAUUUGCAGAUUGAAAAGUUUCACUAGUUGUUCUCAGCGAUCACUCAUUCUGCUUGCUGAACGAUCACAAUGUGUCAUUGGACAGUGUCGUGCUUUUACCACUAUGAACAGACUUUGAUGAUACCUGGCAAUUCUGAGCCCGAAAUUCGCACUUUCGCAUGUUGCCAAAAGCAUCUUUAAAAAAAAAAUACUUUUUUUUUAUUGUGGAGGUACGGCAGCUCGGGCUAGACAUCUGUCCAAUGGCACAAUUUAAUGAGUGUCUCUCCGCACGGCUAACCUGGUUGAGCGCAGUUUCUCGGUGUUGCGGCAGGUUGUUGUGUGGCCGUCCGCACGUCACAGCUUGCGUCCAGCAUUUGAUCGCAAUUGUUGCUGCUCUGUCGGGAGCCAGCAACAGGUGUGCGUUCCAGUGCAAUGAACCGAUGCCGGCCAUAGUGCUAAGUGAACAAAAAAAUAAAACAUGCUUUGCCAAAAUACA